AUGGCGUGUCCCUGCGGCAUCAGGGCAUCUUUUAAUGGCGGCAUGGAGUUCCUUCCAUCUAAGCGCUCCACCACGGUCAUUAGCCCACGUACCAGCUCGGUUAUAGUGUUGUUCGGGUUACCACCAGAAGAGUUUCUCAUUAGUGAUUUUACUUGCCAGCUGAAGAGAAAACUGCCACUUCAGGGUAGGCUUUUCCUAUCUGCAAGAAUAGUGGGGUUUUAUGCGAAUCUGUUCGGCCACAAGACCAAGUUCUUCUUUCUUUGGGAGGACAUUGAAGACAUUCAGGUACUUCCCCCAACAUUUUCAUCAGUGGGCAGCCCUUUGCUGGUUAUAAUUCUGAAAAAGGACCGAGGCCUUGAUGCGAGGCGCGCCGCAAAGUCUCAAGACGAAGAAGGCAGGCUUCGAUUUUGUUUUCAGUCAUUUGUGUCAUUCAAUGUGGCUAGCAGAACAAUCAUGGCAUUGUGGAGAACUAGAACUCUACCAGCUGAGCAAAAGCCUCAAAUAGCAGAAGAGCAGGAAGAUCAAGAAGAAAGAUCCAUAAUGGUUGACGAUAAUGAAAUCGUCUUAGAUGCUGAAGAUGCAAAGAUGUCCAAAGUUUAUGGUGCAGAACUUCCUAUUAAUAUAAACUCGCUGAUGGAGAUGUUUGGCGGAGGAAAGUUGGAGCAAAAAGUAAUGGUGAAAUAUGGUUGCCUAAAUUACACAACUACUGCAUGGGAAGCUUUCAAAGAUGAUAUUCUUGAACGACGUCUCUCUUACAAAUUCAAUCGCCAUGUCUCCGUCUUCGGAGGAGAAGUCACUUGCACACAACAAAAAUUUCCCAUUGCGAAUGGCCAGGGGUGGAUUUUGAAUGAAGUUAUGGCACUUCACGAUGUCCCAUUUUCUGACCACUUUCGCGUUCACUUGAGAUACCAAAUUGAGAAAUCUGCUUUUUCUCAUAAUGCAUGCAAGUGCGAUGUAUAUAUGGGAAUCACUUGGCUAAGAAGCUCAAAGUUCCAACAAAAAAUCACUCAGAACAUUACUGAUAAGUUCACAGAUCGAGUGAGAGAGAUUUUUGCAUUGGUAGAGAGGGAAAUCCUCUUGGCAACUCAACGGGACAUCGCCUUUUGA